CCAUGCUGUGCAAGGUUGCUCAUUGCCUGCUGCUGUCACAUCUUUCCCAUAGAGAUACAUGCACCCUGGGGAAAAAGUCCCAUACACCAGGAAAAUGCUUCCAGAGAGCACCACAGAGGACUUCAUACUGCAGCAGAACGUCACAGUUGGCCAGGACCAACCAGUCCCUAGACAAGCAGGAUGUGGAUUUUUUAUCAUUCUGUCAACGGUAAUAGCAGCCAUAAGUGGACUACUUGUGGGCUAUGAAUUGGGAAUUAUUUCGGGAGCUCUUCUUCAGCUGCACACUUUAUUAGAACUGACCUGUCGACAACAGGAAAUCAUAGUGAGUGCACUGCUCAUUGGAGCACUUUUUGCUUCACUUGUUGGAGGAUUCCUUAUAGACUACUAUGGGAGGAGAAUCACAAUUAUGGUCACAUCUUGUCUACUUGCUCUUGCCAAUCUUCUGUUGAUUGCCAUUGCAUCCUAUGCAAGCCUUAUUGCAGGUCGUAUUGUCAUUGGUAUUUCCAUAUCCUUAUCUGCCAUUGCAACCUGUGUCUAUAUUGCAGAGAUUGCACCUCAGCAAAAACGAGGAAUGCUGGUGUCUCUGAAUGAACUAAUGAUUGUGGUUGGCAUCCUCCUGGCCUAUAUUGCUAACUAUGUGUUUGCAACAGUUGCUAAUGGUUGGCAGUACAUGUUUGGACUUAUCAUUCCUUUAGCUGCUUUACAAGCCAUUGCUAUGUAUUUUCUCCCACCAAGCCCUCGUUUUCUGAUCAUGAAGGGAGAUGAUGAGAUUGCAGGAAAAGUUCUCCAAAAACUAAGAGCUACUUCCCAAACCAGUGAAGAACUCACAACCAUCAGGUCUUCUAUAAAAGCUGAAUACCAAUAUAACUUUUGGGACUUAUUUUGUUCAAGAGACAACAUGAGAGCUCGCUUGCUAGUAGGAUUAGCACUAAGUUUCUUUGUGCAAAUAACUGGGCAACCCAAUAUUUUGUUUUAUGCCUCGACAGUGUUAAAGUCAGUUGGCUAUGAAAGCAAUGAAGCUGCUAGCCUUGCUUCUACAGGAAUUGGAGUUGUUAAAGUGGUCAGUACAGUUCCUGCAAUGUUCUUUGUAGAUCGUGUAGGAAGUAAGACUUUUCUUUGUAUUGGGUCAGCUAUCAUGGCAGCCUCAUUGGUUACAAUGGGAAUAAUAAGUCUAAACAUUGAUGUUAAUUUUAACAGUAUCUGUAAAUUUAAUUCUCAACUAAACCAGUCAUUGGAGGACCCAUAUUACUAUAAACCAGUGACAAUAUCCAAAACGAAUGAAUCUCUUUGGAAAGAGUUACACCAGCUAUCAUCAACUAGAACAUUAUUGCUAAAUGGUUCAAGAAAUGACACAAAACCGGGAUAUUCAACUACUCCGAUGACUCUGAGCUUCUCUGAAGGACCUCAAAUAAUCCAAGAAGAAAAAAAUGUUCCAGUAAUUAUGAAGUGGUUGUAUUUGGUUAGCCUUCUCGCCUAUGUAGCAGCAUUUUCCAUAGGCCUAGGACCAAUGGCUUGGCUAGUGCAGAGCGAAAUCUUUCCUGCUGGGAUAAAAGGCCGGGCCUUUGCAAUAACAAGUAGCAUGAAUUGGGGCAUGAAUCUUCUCAUCUCGUUGACAUUUCUUACACUAACCGAGACUCUUGGCCUUCCAUGGAUGAUUUUUGGUUACGCUGUUAUGAGCAUGGCGUGUCUGCUCUUUGUUCUAAUGUUUGUUCCAAAUACAAAGGGAAAGCCAUUGGAGGAGAUUUCAGUGGAAUUAGCAAACAGGAGCUAUGUGUGCCAUUUGUUCCGCUCCAGGAGUAGAAGUAGACAGAAGCUGGUGCCAAUGGAACUUUCUCAGAACACAUCUUAGAUAAAUGAGAAGUAGGCGUUAAGGUUUAGAUUCCGUUUCUCACUAGCAUCUGCAGUAUUUGCAGAAGUGUAAUUUAUCACACAAAACCUGCUCUUCGAAAUGACAAUGACAUGAUGAAAUCCACAAUUAUAGAAGGUAACGCCUUAUGUAAAAACUAUGUAGGUUAUCCUAGAAGACAAAAUGAAAUAUUUCUGUGAAUAGCCAUAAUACAUAGACUGCUGGUAUUCAGGGAAACCUGGGAAGGGGCAACACCUAUACUAACCCCUGGCCCCUUUACCCACCUUGACCCAUAACAAACAACACCGACAAAUGUGUCACUUUUAUUGCUGGAUGGUGAUCGGCCACAGCUUAUUUAUUAAAGCGGCAAACCAUAAUAAACCAUAAUAUCGGAGCAGUAUGCCAAACGCUGGCUCCCAGCGGGCAAGUUAAACCGUAAUCAUCAGAGCGGUA